AUGGCCCCCUCCCCGGGGCGACUGCUCUGGGACUUGUGGUGGCUGGGCACAACCAUCUGGCCGACUUGGGAGGCCAGCCGCCCUGCUGCAGAACUCAUUCUUGGCAGCUUGGGUCGGCAGCAUCGGACGCCUCUACGCGAAGCAGCGGGCCAGGUGGCGGCGGCAGCCACGGCUGUCCUCGUGGUCUGGCUGGCCUUUGAGAGGGCAGCGGGUGGGCGGGCAACGAUCACCACGAGCUUCUGCCCCUGCUCCGCCUCCAGCUGGGGCUGCCGGAAGGGCAGGUUCAUUGCCCUGUCCCCGCUUGCCGAUGCUCAAGACCCUGCUCGCGCCCGGGGCUGGGCCAACGAAGCCUCUAUGCGUGCCCACAUCGACGCCCACCUCGCGGGCACUCUGGAAGGGGACGUGCCGGCUGGUUGGAUGCAAGCCCGAGGCCGUAUCCGUUGCCCGGUCUGUGGCCUUAGUGUAUCAGAACGGCAUGGUGUGCACCCAACUUGCCGGCCUGAAGCCCGGGCUGCUGCCGUGCAGACUGACAAUAUGGACGUUGAUGGUUUGGCGUUGCCCUCCUUUGAGGCCAUCCAGGCAGGCCGCACGCGCACUCUCAGACAUGUGCCGUUGGCCGCGCGGCAUGCUUGGAAUCAGGUGCUCACUCGAGCCCUUGCUGCUGUGGUGCAUCACAACAGUGUGGAAACCUGGUUGGAGCUUCUGAUGCUGCCGCAGUGCGUUCUUUGUGCUCCUGGGCGAGGCGGUCGACGGCACCGCAAAGCGGCGGCCGCUUUCACACUGGACAGACUGCAACGAUGGCAGGAAGGGGAGCGACUCUCAUUGUGGGAGUCCCGCCCAUGCUGCCGAGCCAGUCGCCAUGGACCGCUGACGCCAGAGGAGCGCAGGGACAUCGCUACUAGCUGGGGGCGCGAAGGCUUUGACCGAAAAGCUUGUGCGGCUCUCCUGUCCAAGGGCCUUUGCCCGCAAACUGAGGAAACUGCUAGAUCUCUUGCUGCUCUCCACCCUCACCGCCCGUUACCUGCAGUGCCGGCCAUCACAGACCUGCCGCUGGCUCCCUGCAUGGCUCCGGAGCUCGUCGCUCGAUGCUUGCGGGCUUUCCCGGCAGAAACGGCUCCGGGACCAAGCGGUCUCCGAGUGCAACAUCUGCGGGAUGCCUGCUUUGCUGGAGGCACUGAUAACUUCGUCGCCCAGCUAACUGCGGUGGUGGAGUUGCUCGCUCAAGGCCGUGCGCCUACUGCCGUGGCUCCGGUGUUGGCCGGCGCUAGCCUUGUGGCUCUGCCUAAACCUGCUGGUGGAGUCCGGCCCAUUGCCGUUGGUGAACUGCUCCACCGACUCACGGGGAAGUGCUUCAUGGCUACUGUCAAGGACGAGGCGCGGGCUUUCUUUUGGCCGGCUCAGGUCGGCGUGGCUGUCAAGGGAGGAAGUGCUGCGGCAGGCUACUGCUCACUUCCCGUCUUUGGCUCGCUGGGCUACGUGGUGCUACCGCCAGCCCGUGAGCGUGCCCUCGAGUCGUCGGCCGGAGUCCAACAGGGCGACCCUCUGGGUCCUCUGUUGUUCUCUCUUGCCUUGCAACCUCUGGCGAGUGAACUGCGUGGCGGGUCUGUCGACCUGGCAGUGCAUUACCUGGACGAUGGCGUACUUGCUGGUGAUAUUCCGGCCCUGGGAGCCGCUCUCCAGCUUGCCCAACGACGCGCUGCUGACAUCGGCCUUGAACUCAACCUUGGAAAGUGCGAGUUGGUAGUGCUGAGCAACCCCAGAGCUUCGCUCCUGCAGCCGCACUUCCCGGAUGCCCUGCUGCAGCGACCGGAUGGAAGCAGCCGGGUUCUCACUAACAACUUUGAGUUUUUGGGCGCCGGCGAACUGCUUGAAGCGGUGGCUGAGCUGGAAGACCAGCAGGUUGGCCUGCGGCUACUUCGCGCCUGCGCUGGGUUCAGUCGUAUGGUGCACAGCAUGCGAUGCAAUCCGCCCUGCGCGCAAGCCACUGCCCUGGCUACCUUCGAUGGGCUGGUGCAGAGAUGCUUCGGCGACCUGACUGGCAUCCACUUGAAUGCGGCCCAAUGGCCCCAGGCUGCACGAGGUGUGGCCCAAGCAGGCCUUGGGUUGCGCUCCUGCCUCACCCAUGCGCCGGCUGCCUACUUGGCAUCGCUGGGGUCGAGCCUUGCUGCUUGUGCCGACAUCGACUGCGCCUUCUCGGUCGCUGCUGUUCGGGCGUCGCCUUCUGUGAUGGGAGCACUGCAGGCUAUGUGCCGAGACCUUCCUGCAGACAAAAGCCUGUCCCUUGAUGCGGCCUUGGCGGCCAAGCAGCACGACUUGUCUGAGCGGCUGGACAACGCAAGUUGGCAAGUGCAACUGACGCAAGCGAGCCUUGUGGAAAAGCUGUGCUCCACUCCGAAGCUGGCCUCGGCGGUCGGGCUUUCCUUGCGGCUGUCCCGUCCGGGCGUACCCGACUUGAGCCAGCUGUUUUCUCGGCAGAGCUGCGCUUCCGGCUGGGAGUUCCAGAUGCCGUCCACGACUGCUGGUGUCCGCUCUGUGAUGGCGUGCUGGACCGCCAUAGCCACCAUGCGGCAACCUGCGUCGCUGGAGGAGAGCGUACCCUUCGCCACAAUGCCGUGCGAGACGUGCUCUUCGCUUGGCUGGACAGAGCGGGCUUCCAUCCCGAGAAG